AUGCUGUACCAAAUUAUACCAGUGACACUACGUCACCGGGAUAGGAUAGUAAAAACAUUUGCCCUAAUUGAUUCGGGAUCCUCGGCGAGUUUGUUGUCGCAGGAAACCCAAGACCUCCUUAACGUCGAAGGUUCGUUGAAGCCACUCACUUUAUCGUGGAGGAAUGGCGAUUUGCAGGAGGAACCGGACAGCGAAGAGGUCUCGAUAGAGAAUAUGGAUGCAAAGGGAAUCCUGCUAAAGCUCGACGGGAUAAGGACGGUGAGUAAAAUGAAUCUCCCCACCCAGUCAGUUGAUGCACGAGAGUUAAAGCGCCAUUAUCAACACUUAGCUGGAAUCGACCUCGAAAGUUAUGAAGGCACUCCAACGCUUCUCCUUGGAUUGCCCCACGCCCAUUUAACGUACGGGAAAAAUACUCGGGUUGGACAUCCGGGGGAACCGAUGUCCACCGAAACUCACUUGAGCUGGGUGGUCAUGGGUGGAAAGGGUGGUGCCUCACAGGGGAAGUUGCUUACAAUAUUUGAAGCAAACGAGGAAGUCGCGGAAAUGCAACGUUUGAUAAGGAGCUAUUUUUCCACCGAAGAGUUCGGGGGAUACGCAGGAAGGGUUGAGCGUGGGACAGCAUGUAUCGAAGGGAGGGUUAAUUAUAUUCCACGUUUUUUGGUCAUAAAUGAGAAUAAGCCGAACCCGAAACCGCGACUCGUAUUUGACGAGGGCCCACGGCUGUAG